AUGAAAACAAUUCAUCCAAAAAAUAUCUAACAUAAUUUCACCUAUCUUAAAAAUAUGAGACUAAAGAAUCAAUUACUUGUUUUGAUUAGUUUUUAAAUAAUUUUCAUCAUGACUUUUCUUGUCUGUAGCAAUUACAUACAUACAACCUUUAUAUAAAUAUUUUUUACAGAAUCCUCAUAAAAAAUUUACCUCAAAACUUCAAAUUCACUACUUAAAUCAUAAUUAAAUGAAUAUAAUACAUACUUUAAUUCAUUGUUUCAUACGAGUAAACAUUUAAAUAAAUUAGAUGGUUAAACACUUAUAUCAUUCUUUUAACUUUAUACAUAUCUCAGAAAUAAAACGAUUUAAAAUCUUGGUCCACUGAGUUAUAAAUUUAAUAUGAAUUAUGGAGGGAUCAAUUCUAAAAUUCCACCAUCAAUUUAAUCAUCCAAAAUAGGAAUUUAUAAUACGACUCUCUCCUAUCUUUGUUACACCAAUAAAACUAAAUUUCAUCAACCUUCUACUCGAGAUGAACUAAUUAAUGUAAAAACUCAGGAAUCAAUGCACAGUAUUGGAAUGGUUAUUUUUCAAGGGAAAACAACUCUGUAAUCAUUUCUCUAUGGAUAUAUUAAAAGAGAUAACAUUUUAAUGACAUAUCCUUGUUUACAAAGACAUGAUAUUGCUAAUUACACACCUGAAAAUAGAACUUGGUAUAUAGAAGCCAAAAGAAAUUUCUAAGUUCAUAAGCCUUAUAAUUAAUACAAUUUUUCCAUAACUUAUCCUUACUUAUGUAAUUACAAUUUCUAUUAAAUAAAGUAUUUAAAUCUACCAGUGUCGGAUUAUCUAUGACUAUUCCAUUUGUUGAUCAAAAUCUCAAUUAGAUUGGAAGUGGAGCUUUCGAUUUGAUUCCUUCUAAUUUAUUACAAAAAGUAACUUAAUAAUUUGGGAAUGAUUAAACUUCCAUCUUUCUUGCAUCCUUAGAUGGAAUAUUGAUUAUGCAUCCAUACAAUAUUACUUCAGAUAAAUUACCACUUUAUUUUUACAAUCAAUCUAUUACUGGCUUCGACUUUAAAGAUUGGGAAGGUUUGUCAGAUCCCACAUUUGUUUCGAAUUGCAAAAACCAAACGACAACAAUGAAUUUUAAAUGCCUGUAUAACUCAUUUUAUAAUCAGGAUGUAUUUAUUAGUAGAUAAACUUUACAUUAAUUUAAUAUGACUGUUAUUGUGUAAGUUUAUAUAUAAAUUUUAUUUUAGCUUAAUCAGCAGUUCAGAAUUUAAUAAAUUUUCAAAUGAUUUCAACACAAAUUUGAACUCAUAAUUAAAUAGUACAUUUUUAAAUUCAUUAAUUUAAUAAGCUAGUCUAUUUGUAUUUUUGUGUAUUCUUAUAUACUUUAUGACUUCUUAUCUAUUUUAUCCAAUAGAAUUAAUCAUAAAUGCAGCUAUGAAUUAAAUUUAAAAGAAAAAGUACAAAAACAAAAAUUUAACUACAAUUUUAUAAUCAGUAAUAAGUGUUUAGAUUUUGGAAUUAUAUAGAUCUUGCUAACAUUUUAAUAAAUUAUUUGAAAGAUUUUCAUUCAAUAAAACAGAAUAAUGUUAAAAAAUUGAAAGUCUUUAAUACCCUUAAAAGUAAUAAGAAAUUAGAUUUUGUUCAUUAAUGGGUCAUAGAAAAUUAAGAAAAUUUGAUGUAAAUGUAUAAUUAUAGUAAUUAGUAUAAACUAAAAAAUUAGAAAAAAGAAAAUUUAGAUUUAGCGAAAUCAAUAAUUAAAUAAGUAUAUUUUUAACUUCGACUAAAAUGA